UACAGCAACUAGGUCCAACAGGUAGGCAAGGCCCUCUCCGGUCACAAGCCUCCACAGAACUCUCCCCGACUUUGCCGUCCACUCCCCCGCCGCAGCCGCGCCGUUCGCCGGGACAGGAGGGAUAGUAGAGCACCAGGAUGCCGGCGACGCCGACGAUCAUCGGUGCCCUCCUGGGGCUGGGCACCCAGAUGUACUCAAACGCUCUCCGCAAGCUCCCCUACAUGCGCCAUCCAUGGGAGCAUUUGUUGGGGAUGGGUCUCGGUGCAGUGUUUGUGAACCAGCUGGUAAAGUUUGAUGAGAAGCUCAAGGAGGACCUCGACAAGAUGCUUGAGCGCGCCAGGCUAGCCAACGAGCAGCGCUACAUUGGUACUGUGCUAACUUGCCCUGGCAUGUUAUGUCUGCAAAUUCAUUUUGCUAUUGUUGCCGGUAGUUCUCGCUAAUAAUCUGCUAUAUUGCGUCAGCCAUUAACCAUGACUAGGAGAGUUACAAGAUGUAUCAUUUUGUUCCAAUUUUAACAUAUAAGUUGUCAUACCACCAGUCCACCAGUAGGGCUGGAAACGAGCCGAGCAUCGGCUCGGUAACUCGACGAGCUGAAGGAGGCUCAAGCCGGCUCGGCUUGGCUCACGAGUUGCACCCAGAUAAAUAUUGUUGCAUUAUACUAUAUAAUUAAUUAACAGGAUGUAAAUGUGGAAUAUAGAAUCGUCAUUCAACAUUACGAGUAACCUAAAUUAUGAAUUGUCAUAUAUCCUAAGGAAUGAGCUAUCUAUCUAAAGAAUUAUCCAUUAUCCAUUAUCCAUCAUUAAUCUGCAGUUUGAUUAAUUUAGCACACCUAGCGUAGCUCUGGCUCGCGAGCCGGAACGAGUCCACUCGCUGCACCAACGAGCCCAAAAAACCGUGCCACUCCAAGCUCGAGUAGGCUCGCGAGCUUUGAGCUUAUUUUCUAGCCCUAGUUGGCAGUGUUCGAAGAAUGGAAUGUGUUUAGUUGUAUUCUAAAACCCUUUUAUCCUUAAUGCAAUUUUCGAGGAAAACACACACAUUUGAUUCUGGUCGAAACAGUGGGACUGGAGAGAUUGAGGAGCACCUUCACCUACCUUGUCAGGCUUAUAGAGACUUCUCAUAGGCGCAGACCUAUAUGUUAAUCAAUGGGUCAAAGUUUUCUAUGCUAUAGUUUGCAUUGACCUAGAUCACAAACGGAUCCAGUUCUGAUUUGAGGGACGUUGCUAUAGGCUAUAUGCUAGAGAGAUUAGAGACCUUUUCGGCUUUCCAGCUUCUUAGACUAGGAUACACAUCCUGUGCUAUGGAGCUGCAAAUCUACUAAGACGUCCUCACGGCAGGGAUAUACCAUCGUCAGCACAUGUGACUUCGUUGUUCAUGCCACCCUUUAGAGAUGGGUCCUGCUGAGCUCCAGUAGUGCCUUUGAGUACGCUAAUUUGAUCUGCAAAUUUAUAUUUCAAUCUGCCUUCCUGACAGCACAGGUAAAGAGAUCUACAAAGUCUAUAAUUUGACUGUCUAAGUGUGAAACAAAGCUGCGACAUCACAAUUUGCUUAGACAUGGGAAUCUUUAAGUUUCCGUAUCAGGAUCUUGCAUAAAAUGGAAAUGGAACACAUCUCCCACGAGCUACGUUAGCAAAUCACCUUUCAGCUUUGCUUGAAAAUGGAAAUGGAGGAAAAUAUAUGAAUUUCAAAUCAUUUGAAGAACUUUCAUUUCUGAUAUCAGGGGUAAAGGGUGAACUUAAGACCUUCCAAAAGGAAAAAAGUAGAUUCCUUUACUUCCAUAGAAACGUUGGAGUCUUCCUGAGUUUCUUUUUUUGUGAUGUGAAUAUUCCCAGUCAUCCUUGCAAAUGUAGUGCAAAAGGGCUAGUGUGGCAAUUUAGACUUGUUUGUUUCUUUACUGUGUUUUUCACUGUAUCUGAUUUGAAUAAGAUGUCUUUCACACUAAUAAAGUGUUGUCUUAAUGGGUUUAAAAAAUUAUGUAUUUUGAGGAUUGUUUGAAAUAUCAUUAGGCCCAGUUUGGAUCCUUAGAAUUGAAUUAUAUGCUAACAAUAGUAAUUUAGACAUAGAUCAAUUAAGCUACUAUGGUUUUAUACUGAAUAUAUUUGUAUAUUGCUGCUGGUCAGGGAGCGAGCCGAAGAGCUUUUUAUAAUUUGGAGAGUAGAAACAUAGACUAGUAAUACACAAAAUCAAUUUCCACCCCUCAUCCUAUGAAUUUGGGAUAGACUUAUAUCUAAUCUUUGGAAAGUGGUGGAAUGUCAAGUUUCAAACCAAAUAACAUAUUCUAUUAAGUAAAUUCCAAUUCCUUCAAAAAUCAAAAUGAAGGGAUUCAAACGGUCCCUUAGUGUAAAUGUUGUUCUCUAGUAGCGGGCUGAGUGCUACAUCAUCAGUAGCGGGCUGAGGAGUGAGGACAUUUAAUCUUUAGUCCUGCCAUAUUGGUACCGUGCAAGAGUUGGUUUUAGUUCCAACCUUUGGCCCUAUCUCUAUUGUAAAAAGCGUACUUGGAUUAGGUGACAUUCAGUCCCUUUCAAAAGGCCUUAUAUUGGUCAAAGUCUGAACCUAAUAUCAUAUUCUUAUUUCAAUCUGCACACAUUUUGCACCAGCUUAUCAAUUUUGUUGAUUUUUGCUUCUCCUUUCUUACAUUCUCCCAACCCAAAAAAUGAUUGCAUUUUUAAACUGUUAAUUGUGUCGAAGAUCAUACUAUAUUUCAUUCUCACUUUACCGAUGGGAAGUCCUUCAUAAUCCAGAAGAAAAAAUAUUGUGGGUCUAAAUGCUUGUGUCGUUUUGUUCUAAUGUUACUUGAUAUCUGUAAUAUGUUGGCCUACAUGAUCUAACUUCACCAUAUUAAGUAGUUGUACAUAAGAAAUAGGUACUUUCUCCAAUUGCUAUUUGGCUACGGAACAAAGUCGGGCUGUAAAUUGAAGGUUAAACCGGACCAUAGUUUCCAAGUAGGAAUUUGUUAUGGCUGCAAGUGGGAAGGCUUUACUACCAUUUUACAGUUAUAAGGUGCUGCAAAAAUGUGGCUGCAUGGCUAACCUAUACCUGAAUGGUGCUAUUCCUGGUUGUGAAUCCAUAAAGUGGCUGAAAGCAGUUGAUCAUUGUACCAGUGUGUACUACUCCGUUCUUUUUUAUUUGUCGCGGUUUAGUUUAAAAAUGAACUAGCGGACGACAAAUAUUCGAGAACGGAUGUAGUAUAACAUUAGAGG